AUGCCUUUCCAAAUCACUGCAAACUCGAAGACACCGGCAAUCGUCCUAGCAUGCGGAGCAUGGCAUGUGCCCGAGCACUACGAGCCGAUGGUGAAGCCGCUUCGAGAAGCAGGAAUCGACGUUGCCGUUCCCAAGAACCAAUCUCUGAUUGUUCAGAAGGAUCCCGGGAAAGCGAUGGCGAUGGAUGCUGCUGCAAUUGCACGCUUGACUCAACAGUUCACCGGCAGAGGCAAAGAUGUCGUUCUUGUAAUGCAUUCGUACGGAGGAAUAUAUGGGUCCGAGGCGGUGGGUAUGAUCAACGAGAGCAAAGUCACCCGAAUCGGCGCGGGCCGUAUUCGUCGACUCGUCUAUCUGGCUGCGCACGCCGUUCCCAAAGGCACAGCAUUCCUCAGCUCAGGACGAACGGUGCCGGGGAUUGAGACGUCUGAGAACGGAAUGAUGACCCAUUCAGACCCGUACGGUCGCUACUAUACCGACGUAACUCGCGAGCAAGCCGAGCCUGCCCUACAACUACUCCAACCGAUGGCGGCAUCCACAUUCACGCAGGAGACGUCGUAUGCUGGUUGGAAAGACUACGGCAUCCCCGUGACCUUUAUCAUAUGCAAGCAGGACACAGCGGUGACGCCGGAAAUGUGCGAAGGCUACAUAGCUCGGAUGCAGGAGGCUGGUGUGAAGGUCGAUGUGCACAGGGUCGAGGGGGGACAUUGCUCGCAUUUCACCAAACCGGAGCCUUUGAUCGAGAUUCUGGGGAAGCUGGUGAAUGAUGAGGCGGGGGACCUCCUACGCCCACCGCACCGCCUCUCAGCCCCCCCCCGUCCCAACCCCACGCCUCCGAGCACCCUUCCACCGUGGCAGUUCUACGAAAUGGCGACCUUACUCAGUAACAAUCACAGUAGUAGUAGUAGUCAACACUACAAGAAGACGUCGCACGAGUCGAAGCGGCACUCCAACACGCAGGCCUCGGCCUACAUCGUCGACGCCAGCACGAUGGCGUUGACGGGCUUCCACUACACCACUUCUGCGGGAGGCGGACUGGUGGUGGGUUUGAGGUCAGCUCGGGCACACCACCAUCACCGCCUCCGUCGCCUACAAGCCGCUCCGCCGCGCGGAGGGGUAGCGGCGACGCCGCAAUUCACAUCACGGAAGAGUGGGAAUACCGGUCGGCAGAACUCGCUGGUGAUGGACUUGCGAAACACAAACACGCCGAAGAAGCAUAGUGCUGUGGCUAUCCCCGCGAAGCCGGCGCUGCGCUCUGCUUUGAAGCAUACCUUUCCCACCCCUUCUCCUUCGCCGGAAACCCACGCGUACUCCGCUACGUGUGCUGCGGUGAGGGAGUAUGUGGAGAUGUGGGACUAUGCUGGCGGAGCGCGCUUCCGCGGGUUCGUGGUUGAAAAGGGAGACGAGCGAAGCCUGUUCAUCUUCUUUGAUCGGGAGGUUCUUGGGCAAGACUUGAAACCUGGUCUGAUGGCGCAGCUGGAGUUUGCGAGCAGUGAAGCGUUCGAGUGCGAGCAACUUGUUGUCUGUGUCGAUCGCUCGGCAGACGACGAGCUCAUCGCCGACGUGGCUCGCGAUCUCAACUGGGUGGGGUUUGAGCUGAUGACGCUCGAUGCGUGGGCGGCAACGACGAAUUGCUUGAGUGAUCGCUGGUUAUUCUUGGGAAUGGAAACGUAACAGCCGGGGGAGUAUUGCUAUGGAAUGGUCAAGCCGGCGCAGGCGGUUGGAUAAUUCGGUACGGAUUCACGGGGGAAUUUGCAGUCUUUACGACAUUGGCGCAUCUCGAUAUCCCAAUCAAAAUGCUUGCGUGAGAAAUGUCAUGGUGUCAUUGGAGUCAAGAGGGUACUGUAUAGAACGGAGAACGACAGUUUGACAGGUGCUUGGCCGCAAUAUAUAUGCAGCCCAGCGUUGCCGAAGUCACGUUCCCUGUACCUGCGCACACACGCAGGUGUUUAUGCGGGUGUUAUGCGAUGCAAGCGUGCGUGCCGUAGGGCGACUUACUGUAGGCGUGUUGUGCUGCACCCACCCAGCGCGGCAGGCCAAGUGAACGAGCGA